AAAAACUUUUUUUUCCGGCUGGCAUUCUCCCACUUGAUUUCCACGUUUUUUUUUUCAAUUUCUCCGGUAUCACGUGAACUCGAACUCCAUGGAUAACCUGCCACCUUAACGAUAGAUUUGACGUGCGAGAUUCAUAGAGAUCAAACAAUCCCGAGAAACCCAGAACGAAAUAGUCUCGAGAAAUCGCUGAUAUUUGUCGAUUCGAUCCGCAAAAGCUGUCAAUUCGACAGGCAAAUGAGCGACUGAGAGCUCACCCGAGCACCCGGCUCUAGCAGAUCAAUUUCUCUACUCUUUCUCUUCAAUCUCAUCAUUUCAUUUUUAACUUUCAUUCAAAGUCAUACCAGUGGUUUUUAUCUUGUUACAACUGCUAUAAGAAUUCAAGCUGAUUCCUGAAAAAGUAUUAAAAUGAAUAGAAUCAGAGCGGCGUUACCAUGGAGGAAAAAAAAUUACUAUGGUGACUCUGAUUCAACCGGUUACUGUUCAUCAUCCGAUGUUUCAAAAGCUCUCUCUGAUUCUCAAUUCAUUCUUCGACCAAAUACUGCUCUUCUAAGCUCAUCAUAUUCAAAUGGAACCAACUAUUAUGCACUUGACUGCACCGAACGUUCAAGAUUAAAAGAAAAAGGAGGAACAGUUACAUCGAGAACCUCUACCGUCAGCUCUACAACUUUCAAAUCACAUUCAAUGAGCACUGCUGCUGAUUGUGACUACGAAGGUGAGGAUGAAUCAACCACAAUCCGUGCUAAUUCUGUCCGUCAAGUCCCCAUGAUGCCCAAGUUAACAUCAAUCAAACAUUUAAUGACAGAAAGCUCAAGUGAAGAACUUCCACAACAUGAUGAAAUGGAGGAUGACGUGGCAACAUUGGAAGAAGUAUCAAUGGAAUAUGACGAUGAAGAUGAUGAUGAUGUUACACUCGAUAUAGUUCCAAGACGAGAAUAUCGAAAUUCUAGUUUUCGUUCAUUUCCAUUUUCUUAUCAGUUAAUGGAAAGUGAAAUGGAUCGACUUUUUGAUAUGAUGCAAGUAGAUGAACAAAUUCCCAGUACGUCACAUUGCUCGAGUUCUCCUAAUUCAAAUUCAUCUCAUAAAAAGAAAUUAUUGAUUCGAGAACCUACAUCUACAAUAUAUUAUCAUGAUAUUUCAUCAUCUGAAGCUUCGCCACCUCCACCUCGACCAUCCAUAACCCGAACAGAAAGUGUUCCACGAUCAAUUCUCAAGAAUUCAUCGUCAUUUGCAAUUUACGAAGAAAUUUAUGGAGAUCAUUUGACUCCACCACCAAUUGAUAUUAGACCUCAAUUGCCUGUUCGUCCAAUUAUGGCUUUCCAACAGUUUCCGCCGUGUACUACAUUUCAGCCAAGAUUAAUUCAAAGACUUCCAUCAGUCCGUCGCCGAAAGAAAAUGCCAAGCCUUCACCACUCAACAUCGUUUGCCUCGUAUUUCCGAAAAAGGAAGUGAAGCAUAGUCUCUAAUUGUAAAUAUUAAUAAUUUUACGGAUUGCAAUAUACAGUGUUUUUAAGAGAAAAUAAAUAAUAAUAAUCAAUUGAAAAUAA